GGGGUCAUGGCCCAGUCUAUUUUAUAUACGCGCCUCUUCGGGAUUAGCACGAACACUUCGCUCGAUACUCAGAAAAGCUUCAGCUAGGUGCGAAGUAAAGCCCCAUUAAGAUCUACCCAAGCCUACAAUUCGCCGACUUCGUUGUUGGGCAGCGAGUAUCGCGGCCAUGCCUCAAAUCCGACCUACGACGCUGAGCAGGUACUUACUCCAGGGCCAGCUGGUUACUAGAGGCUGCCUGCGAGCACGACCUCGAGUUCAAGCCCCUUCGAUCACGACUUCACACGCGCAGCAACUCGCACAAUAUCUUCACACCGACACCAGCGACUCUCCUUCAAAUGCACCCGCCCCAGUCCAUGUUCCUUUGCGCAAGCAGCUGAAAGACGAGGCGAAGAAGCAAAAGGCGCUGGGUAAAAAGAAGAAGAAGAAUGUAAACAAUCAAGUAGUUGAUGGCUGGGAGCUUACGGUCGGCAUCGAAAUUCACGCGCAGCUGAAUACAGCAAAGAAAUUGUUCUCGGGUGCUACGACAUCUUUCAACGACAACCCGAACACUCGCGUCGCCUACUUCGAUCUUGCCACGCCAGGGAGUCAGCCUCUGUUCCAGAAAGAAACACUUCUCCCUGCCCUGCGUGCCGCCCUAGCUCUCAACUGUGAGGUGCAGCCUAUCAGCCGGUUUGACCGCAAACACUACUUCCACUGGGACCAGCCAUCUGGAUACCAAAUUACACAGUAUUAUGAGCCCUUCGCCCGUGAUGGCCGCAUACAGCUGCAAUCCCGGGAUGGGAUUGCAGCCGAGGACGGCGAGAGUGUUUCCAUUGGCAUCAGACAGGUCCAGAUGGAGCAGGACACGGCCAAAACUCUAGCGCAGCCGGGCGACGUGCACUGGAUUGAUUUUAACCGCGUCGGCAUGCCUCUGAUUGAAAUCAUCACUCAUCCAGAUAUCCAUUACCCCUCAACGGCCGCUGCGUUUGUGCGGAAGAUUCAGAUUCUACUCAAUGCUGUCGACGCAUGUGUGUCGGGCUUGGAGGCCGGGGGGUUACGAGCAGACGUCAACGUUUCGGUUCGGCGGACGGAUGAUCCGAGCAGCCCUCUCGGCCAACGCACAGAGAUCAAGAACCUGAGCAGCUUUAAGGCGGUAGAGGACGCCAUUAUCGCUGAGCGCGACAGGCAAAUUGCGGUCCUCGAAGCCGGCGGUGUAAUCGCGGGCGAGACACGCGGCUGGUCUAUAGGGUCAACAGAGACUCGACGCUUGCGCGGCAAGGAGGGUGAAGUUGACUACCGCUACAUGUCAGACCCAGACAUUGCGCCUCUUCUCAUCGCUCCGGACCUCGUGGCCCAUCUUCGCGGUACAAUGGGCGAGCUACCCGACGAUGUCGUAGACGCUUUGAUCCGCGACUUUGGGCUCUCCUCCAAGGACGCCAUGUCUCUCGUCUCACUUGACAGGGGUCUGCGCAUAGAAUACUUCUGGAACGUAGUCGCCAAGUUGCAAUCCCAGCUCAGCGCCGACGCAUCCCAAGAGCAUAAAGCUUGCUUCCAGCUUGCGGCGAACUGGAUUCUGCACGAGUUUGGCCGGUUCACGGCCGAACGCAGCGAUGAGUCCGCCCUUGAUUUAGGGUUUUAUCCGGAGGGUGAAUGUGUCCGUGUGCCGGCACAGCAUCUUGCCGACUUGAUUCACCACCUCUAUAACCGUAGGAUCACGGCGAAAGUGGCCAAGGAGUUGCUCUGGGCCAUCUUUCGAGGCCGUAUACCUGGUGAAUAUCGCAGUAUUUCUGAUGCAAUUGAGAAAGAGGGUCUAUGGUUUGAGGAGUUGUCUUCAGAUGAAUACGCCGCGCUCGCUGAUGACGCGGUUCGCGGGCAAGAGGGUAUCUUGCGUCAGUUCCACGCUGCUAAGGUUUUCCCGCAAGGAAAGCUUAUGUUUCUCGUUGGGCGCAUGGUCAGGCUGGGGCAAGAGGAGCGCAUUGAUCCCAAGAACGCAGAGAGCGUGAUGAGGGACAGGAUAGAGCGUAUAUACGUCCCGGCUUUGAAAGAGUAGCAUUGAGAUGGCUCCUCACAUUGUUGUAGAUAUGUAUAAAGCACGUAUAUACUAAAUCGGGGCACAUAGAAGUAACAAUAUUUAUACCCUGUGCCAAAAACUCAUAGGAUUUUUCCAAAAUAAAACGUUCAAUUAUAGCAGAGCCCUUGUCGCGCUUGAACUAUUCCCAACUAUUUAAAGAGCGGACGGGUUUAGGGACACGCCUUAUUAAAAGGAUUAAUAAAGGGAUGAGUGAAACCAUGACA